AUCCCAUCUGUGGAAGGGCUACUGCAAGGGAAAACCUCAAUUUGUUUUAUGAGAACUUUUUCUUGUAAAUUCGGAGGUAGGCAUUCACUAAGAGGGAUCGUGGCUUUCUAGAAAAAGAGAAAUACACACAUUGAGGGGGGAAAAUGCGAGUUGCUCAUUUCGCGCUAUUCACGGAGUAGCCUCACACGGGUACCAAUCGGAGGGGUGCGAAGCUCCAUCCCCCCACGAAUGAGCGCACCAGGUAGGAGCACACACAUCCGUCUACACACACUUCCCAAACGAAAACGUGGCAUUCCUUCCCCAUCAGCCGAAAUGAUAGAACUAAAGAACCUGGACUUCCACUUAGAAAAUUUAGGCGAAUCCAACAGGUGCUUCAACGAUGAGGAAAAACUGGGGCUGCUAUACGGAAUGACCAAAUUGGAAGAAAAAACAAACAAGCAGAUUUACCUGUGGGGGAAAAUAGAAGGCAUAGAAAAUGACUACUACAUAGUUUACUACCUCAAUCAUGAGAAGUUUUUUCCGAAGAAGAAAUUUUACUACUGUAAUGAUGAUUACGAAUUUAGGGAAAUGACAAAGGGGAAUGAUAAGUUGAUAGAGAGGGUGGAGAAGAAGACGCCCUUCACCCUAUUCACAGGGGUGCCUGCCAGUUUGUAUUAUGAGGGUCGCAAGUCCAGGAGGGGGCAGGGCGGUAGUCACACAGGAAGUCAUAGCGGUGGGGUAGAAGGUGGAAGCGCCGGAAGUGACAGUAGCGAAGCCUCCCUAAGCGACAGCGAGAAGAGUAGCACCGGGGAGAGCAACACCGGGCAGAGUAGCUCCACACAGAGUAGCUCCUCGCAGAGCAGCAUCCAAAAUAGUGACAACUCCAAAAGUGGACGUCAAAAUAGUGCGGACGCCCAGGGGAGACACCAAAAGGGGGGUUCACAAAGCGGCGAAAGCGAAAUGGAAGGAGGAACCUCAAAAAAGGAAAAAAAAAACAAAGAGGAAAAAAGUAAGAAGAAAGAAAGACAGAGCGAUAUCACGGAGCUGGAGAGACUAUCCUAUGUUGUUCGAAAAAUCGACGAAGAAGCAUUUAUUGUGCCUUACAAUUCUGUAAAAAUUACAAAUAAUUUAGAAAUGAAAAAUGCCAAUUUCAGCGGACUGAAUAUGAUGGAAGCACUAAAAUUAACCUCGUGGGUUCACUUUAGAUACCCUAAAAAUUUAACGUACGACAAAAUUAAGAAUUAUAACACUUUUUUUUUGAAUAAUUUUCUCGAUUCUAUAAAAUCAGAUGUUCCAGCAAGCAUGUGGCAUGUAAAAGUUAAUAAGCAGUUAAGCAAAAUUUCCAUCAUGAAUUGUUUGUACCCUGGUUAUGUCUUCUACCAUCUUUUGAACACCCCCUUUUAUGCCUCUGUGUAUAUAGGCAAUGGGAUUCCCAACUAUGACCUCCCCUUUUUGUUGCCUUAGCGCAGGUUGAUUUGGGGCUGCAGGUGAGUAGCCGCUCAUUUGGGGGGGAAGCAAAAAAAAAGAAAAAAAAAAAGGAAAAAGGAACAACGUAUAUGUCUUAAUCUUUAAUAGGGAACUUCGCGAUGCACUCUCUUUUAGCACCCCCAAAAAAAGAGCUGCGUUAUAUCGCUGCUUCUACACCUUUGUAGAUGCCACUACUCUUGCACACACAAACACAAAUGAACUACAUGCACAUGGCUUGCACCGCGUGAGCCACUUAAAUGUAACACUUUUGUCCUUUCUUCCUCGCUGGUUUGAACGACACCCUUGAUGGUCGGGUAUCAAUUCACACGCCUCCAAAGCGGUAGUAAAAAGGUAAAAGUUGUCCCCUUU